AUGGGCUUCUUUCGAAGGCUAGCCAGUGGGACGAGCCUGGUGUACUUGACUCAGUCUGCCCUGGCAAUCCAGCUACCACCUGGCUAUGACACAGUAUGGACUACACAAAGCAACAACUCUGCUGGCUCAAUGCCGGUAGGAGGCGGAGAUGUAGGACUAAACGUCUGGGCUGAAGCUGGCGAUAUCCUUUUCUACAUUGCAAAGAGUGGCGCUUUUGAUGAGAAUAAUUCCCUCCUGAAGCUUGGCCGUGUACGAUUGUCUAUGGAUCCGAACCCAUUCGAAAUGAAUGCGAAUUCAUUCGAACAGCACCUGAACAUCAAUGAUGGCUAUAUCACGUUUACUGGUGACAAUAACACGCUCAUUAAGCUCUGGGUCGAUACGGUUACCUCCGGAAUUCACACUGAGAUUACAAGCGACAAUCAUCUUAACUUGACUGCCUAUUUUGAAGCCUGGCGUCUAACGGAACGUCCUAUGGGAAGCGGAGAAGAAGUGCAAACCUCAUGGGGCGUCAAUUCAGUUAGCGAAAUACCCCUGCCUACUCAGUAUCCUGACAAAAUUGAUUAUCGUCACAAUGGCGUUCUGAGCUAUCAUCACAAUCACGAUACGCCUCUUACUACGUUCCAAAUCUCGGAGCAGGGGCUCGGAGAUGCUGACCCAAGCUCAUUUUUUAAUCCAAUGAAGAACAACACGUUUGGAGCGUUCAUGUGGUCUCGUCAACUCCAUCCUGGGGCGAUCACAUCAGGAGCAUACAAUGGUACUAAUUUCACCGCUUACAACCUCGUCUCGGAUCGUCUCAGCAAGUCGUUCAAGCUUUAUAUUGGCACAGAGCAAUCCGCAUCCACAAAUAUUGACCAGUGGGCAGAGUCGUUCAUCAAAGAUGCGUUAAAGAUGGAGAUGGCUAGCCAGCACAACACGAUCGAGUGGUGGAAUGCGUUCUGGGACCGAUCAUACAUCAUCAUCAAUCCGGAUGCAGGCCCAGACGACUCUGGAUUCCAAGUUGGCAAGAACUAUCAAUACUUUCGAUAUAUGAUGGCAUGUAACGCAAAAGGUGAAUAUCCCACUAGGUUCAAUGGCGGGCUUUUCACAUUCGACCCUUCUUAUGUGAAUCCGAUCUGGUACCCAUACACCCCGGAUUUCAGGAAGUGGUCUGGAGGCACCUUUACCGCACAGAAUCAGAGGCUGCUGUACUGGCCCUUGCUAAAAACCGGCGAUUACGAUAUUAUGCAGCAAGCUUUCAACUUCUACCAGAACAUUUUACCCACCAGCAGAGCCUUAGGAAAGCUCUAUUUUGGAUUAGACGUGGCUCUCACAUCAGAACAGAUUGACAAUACUGGCCUUCCAAAUGUCUACGAAUAUAAUGCGAACGUCUUCAGCAACAGCCAGACGAGAGACCCCGUUCUCUACCCAGCUGGCAUUGACUUCAACGACUGGCUAUCUUGGUACCAAGAUACAGCAAAUGAAUUCGUGGAUAUGAUCCUACAGGCGAAGAUGUAUAACGGGCUCGACAUUACGCCUUGGAAACCCUUUGUGGAAUACCAGUUGGCGUGGUUUGACGAAUACUACCAACAGCGGAACGGUCUUGAAUCUAACGGUACACUGAUAAUCUACCCAGGCUCCGGAGCAGAAACUUACAAACUCGCAUUCAAUUCAGCUUCGACAGUUUCUGGCUUGAGGAAGACCUUGUCUGAUCUUUUGUCGCUGAAUCAGAACUGGUCAAAGGGGAACGCGACGUACUACGCCCAAUACCUCUCUCGGGUGCCAGCUACCCCUUUACAUUCCUGUCCAGGUUAUUCUACCUUGACAUGUGUUGCCCCUGCCCUCAAUUACUCGUUUACGGAAAAUAACGAGCCUACAGCUCUCUAUACUGUUUUUCCAUGGGGAGAAUAUGGUCUUGGACAACCAACGAAUUUGAGCUAUGCUAUCAACGCGUACUUCAAUGACACCCAGUCCGCAACCUACCAUGGAACAUAUGGCUGGCGUCAAGAUCAAAUCUGGUUCGCGCGUUUGGGAUUAACCGAGGAAGCUACCGCCAACAUCAUCAGCCGACUCACAGAUAGCACUACAUACCGAUUCUCAGCAUUCAAGGGCCCAAACUACGAUUGGUCUCCGGACAUCAACCAUUACGGAUCUGGCGCUAUUGGGCUUCAAGAGAUGUUGAUGCAGACAUUUGCCCUGAACAAUACGCAGAUUCGCUUGCUUCCAGCCUGGCCGUCUGAAUGGACUGGUUACUUCAAGUUGCAGGCUCCGUUCUCAACAGUUGUGACUGCUAAUAUUACGGGGCCGUCCGUUAGCAACUUGGUUGUUGUUCCUGCGUCUAGGUUGAGUGAUGUCGUGUACGGUACUGAGUAG